AACUCAAGCAUAAAACAGAGGGGCGAACAAAGCGACAGCGCACAUCGGUUAUGGAUAGGAUGCCGAAAUACUACGGUAAGCGAGGAGCCCAGAGUCAUCCUCAAACCUUGGAAAUGUUGUACCCUGCGCCCCGGUACACAAUAAUGACCCCUAACAUCCGGUCUUCUAAAGAGUGCACCAACGGCCGCCAUCAACACAUUUCAUCACCCAUUCUUCCAGCCUUCGACUCACUAACUAAACAAUUACACGGCCAAUCAGCCAUUCUCUCGGCAUUCGAUUCGCAAACUCAACACUUACACAACCACGCGAUUCAUCAUCGUGAUAAUGGAAUGACAGUCGGAGAUGGUGUUUCUAAAUCUGUCAGAGUCGGCUCCGAAAAACCAUCCGCUCGUGAAGAUAUGUCGAAAAACAAAAGAAUUCCUGACAGUGCUGAGGAUCUGUACAACCAAACUAAGGAUCUGUACAACCAAGCUGAGGGUCUAAACAGCCAAAAUGAGGGUCUGUACAACCAAGCUGAGGGUCUGUACAGCCAAAAUGAGGGUCUGUACAGCCAAAAUGAAGGUCUGUACAGCCAAAAUGAGGGUAUGAACAGUCAAAAUGAAGGUCUGUACAGCCAAAAUGAAGGUCUGUACAGCCAAAAUGAAGGUCUGUACAGCCAAAAUGAAGGUCUGUACAGCCAAAAUGAAGGUCUGUACAGCCAAAAUGAAGGUCUGUACAGCCAAAAUGAAGGUCUGUACAGCCAAAAUGAAGGUCUGUACAGCCUAGAAUAGUGCGGCGUGAUACACUCGAGGUAAAAGUUUUAUAAAAUAAUUGUGUUUUAUAAUUAGAAAUUCUAUGGGUCAUGUUGUCUAUGGGUCAUGUUGUCUAUGGGUCAUGUUGUCUAUGGGUCAUGUUGUCUAUGGGUCAUGUUGUCUAUGGGUCAUGUUGUCUAUGGGUCAUGUUGUCUAUGGGUCAUGUUGUCUAUGGGUCAUGCUUGUAUAUGGGUCAUGCUGUCUAUGGGUCAUGCUGUCUAUGGGUCAUGUUGUCUAUGGGUCAUGGUGUCUAUGGGUCAUAGUAACUAUGGGUCAUUGUGUCUAUGGGUCAUGUUGUCUAUGGGUCAUGGUGUCUAUGCGUCAUGUUGUCUAUGGGUCAUGGUGUCUUAUAAAUUAACGUUUUCAGAAUUUUGCAACUAAAUUUGGAAAUGUCAAAAUUGUUGAUUCUGAAAAUAGCAAUGCAUCGAAAGGCUUUUUAGCCAAAGUUAGGUAGCCCUUAGAUCGUAGCAGAGUCCGAUCUACUAGUGUUCAUGGGUAGUACUUAGUUGCUACGAGUGUCCGGCCGGACUAGCGCUCACAGAUACCAAUUAGUGGGUAACUAUUAGUUGCUACCAGUGCCCCUUCAGACUAGCGCUCAUGGGUAACUCUUAGUUGCUACCAGUGCCCCUUCAGACUAGCGCUCAUGGGUAUCACUUAGUUGCUACCAGUGUCCCGUCGACUAGCGCUCAUGGGUAUCACUUAGUUGCUACCAGGGUCCCGUCGACUAGCGCUCACGGGUAUCACUUAGUUGCUACCAGUGUCCCGUCGACUAGCGCUCAUGGGUAUCACUUAGUUGCUACCAGUGUCCCGUCGACUAGCGCUCAUGGGUAGCGCUAAGCUGCUACCAGGGUCCGGCCAGACUAGCGCUCACAGAUACAAAUUAGUUGGUAACUCUUAGUUGCUAUCAUUAUCCCGUCAAACUAGCACUCAAUGGUAUCACAUAGUUGCUACCAGUGUCCCGUUAGAUUAGCACUAAUGAGUAGCACUUAGCUGCUAGCAGUGUCCCGUCAGACUAGCGCUCAUCGGUAGCACUUAUUUGCUACCAGUGUCCUGUCAGACUAGCGGUAAUGAGUGGCACUUAGCUGCUACCAGUGUCCUGUCACACUAGCAGUCAUUGUAUUUUGACUGUUCUAGAAACCGCGAUAAACAAAUCGUUUCUUGGGCGUAACCCACAGCACCCUCCCCCACCCUCCCCCACCCUACCCCCGACACCAUCCCACUCCCCCAAACCUCCUCCCCCACCCACACUCUGAAAUAUAAAGUCACACAUGCCUGCAAUCCUUCUGUCCAUUUCUGAACUGUCAUGUGCUUCAACGGCCUAAGAGAAGAUCAAGCAAACAAUCUUUGCCCGAUUAAUACAACACCAAUUCUUUGGGGGCCUGGAUGUUUUCUUUUUUUCACUAAUAAAACCAAAGCAACUUAUUAUAUCACGAAACCUUGUUUACAUCAGAAACUCUGGAGACAAUAGCUUCGAUACGAUUAUUUAUAUAUAAAAAAAAACAAGCCGAAUUCGAAUACUUACGAUUGACUGCCACGGACUGGGCUUAAAGUUCAUUACUAAUUAAUGACACGUUACUGUCAGCUGAAUGAAGCUGUUGUUGGAUUCUGAACUCUCCAACGCCUAAUGACUCCAAAUAAUCUCUACUCCUAUCGGAUCAUGGCAUCUGGAGCGACUAAAAGGAGGCUCAGAAAUUAAAAAAAAAAACAAUGGGUUUGGGGUAGUUAAAGUAAAGCUUCAGCCAUUCGUACAGUGCUUUGUCUGACGAUAUCUUACGGUGAGCUGACUCUAUUCAUUUCGUUGUUGUAGCAGUCACAAGAAAGGGGAGUUAAUUAAGCACGCAUCUUUCCGUAGGAGAGUUCGCGUCUCGUAAAACUGUAUACUUUUUUGUUUGUUUUUGUUUUGGAGGUCACAAGUCUCCUUGGAGACUUUUUCUUGGGCGAUGGUCUCCGGAGAUGGAAUUGUGAGAAGGAAUGUCAGAGUUUAAAGCGUGCAUGUUUGGCUGCAUUGGAAAGCGUUCAGCUAGUGUUUAUCGUGUGUUCAAUAAACACACGACGCUUGCUCUCAAAAAAAGUAUCCUCAAUUGGAGGGACGUGUGCUGCACAUUUGAGACUCCGUGGAAUGACGUGUUGGCGUGUUCUGCUCAUAACAUUAUUUUAAAGCAAUUCAUGAAACGGCCGUAAAAAAGGGUUGAAGAAAAAACAUCAACAAAUAUUUACAUUGAAAUUGUUUAUAAUUCAAAAAGAAAACCUAAUUUCGUAUGCAUUGUUGACCAUCUAUAUAUUUAAAAAAAAAAAUCUCUUUAACCAAAAUACAAAUAAUUUUUUAGCAACAAUUUUAUGCGUGAUUUCUUGUGUAGUUAAUUGAGCGUGAUUUCUUGUGUAGUUAAUUGAGCGUGAUUUCUUGUGUAGUUAAUUGAGCGUGAUUUCUUGUGUAGUUAAUUGAGCGUGAUUUCUUGUGUAGUUAAUUGAGCGUGAUUUCUUGUGUAGUUAAUUGAGCGUGAUUUCUUGUGUAGUUAAUUGAGCGUGAUUUCUUGUGUAGUUAAUUGAGCGUGAUUUAUUGUGUAGUUAAUUGAGCGUGAUUUCUUGUGUAGUUAAUUGAGCGUGAUUUCUUGUGUAGUUAAUUGAGCGUGAUUUCUUGUGUAGUUAAUUGAGCGUGAUUUAUUGUGUAGUUAAUUGAGCGUGAUUUCUUGUGUAGUUAAUUGAGCGUGAUUUCUUGUGUAGUUAAUUGAGCGUGAUUUCUUGUGUAGUUAAUUGAGCAUGAUUUAUUGUGUAGUUAAUUGAGCGUGAUUUCUUGUGUAGUUAAUUGAGCGUGAUUUCUUGUGUAGUUAAUUGAGCGUGAUUUCUUGUGUACUUAAUUGAGCGUGAUUUCUUGUGUAGUUAAUUUUCUUUGGAAAUGGUGCGCUAAAUAAAUGAUCUUGUUGAUUUUAUUCCUCCACAGAGAAGGGCGUUGUCAGCAGAAGACAUUUGAGUGAAGGGCGUUGUCAGCAGAAGACAUUUGAGUGAAGGGGGCGCUUCCGGUGCAUCAAAUGGGACAUAAUUCCAUCUAUGUAUACAUUACUUUUUUUUUAUCUUAUUCUCUGUCAAAAUACUCUGUCAGUGCCUCUUACAUAUUUUAACUGUCAUGUACCAGGUAUUUCUUUCUCUAUAAUAAACGAUGUCAUUUCAUGUAUGUCAUAUGCUAAGUCAUUGUUAUGUCUGUCAUCAACCAGGUCACCUUAUCUCUGUCAUAUUACUCUCAGCUGCCAACAUUUGAAAAUCUGAGUUCAUAUGUUUUAAACAAGAGUCUGCCC